UUAGCUAUCCAAAAACAAGGAGAGAGGGAGCAAAGAUAAGAAGAAAUUUCACAAAAAAGGAUUCAUUGGAAGAGCAAGACCAGCUAAUUUGAUUAGAAGGGAGGAUUGAAUCAAAAAGUCGAUCAACACGAGCAAAGAUAAGAAGAGAAAUCACAAAAGGUUUGGUGGAAGCAGAAACAUGUCGGAGGCCCUCCUCUUAUCGGUGAUACAGAAGCUCGACGAAAUUAAAGAGCUUGAAGAGUACUAUAAUUAUUGGGACACAGAGUACUAUAGUUAUCCAGAGCUUGAAGAGCUCUUGAAAAGCGUAAUUAAAGAGAUGAGAAAGAUUGUGGAUAUUGUGAGGGAUAAGAAAUUGGAAGAGAGAAGAAGCCCAAAUUUUUUGGUAUGUGAUCUUGUCGACGUGGCAGACGAUGCCCUCUACUUUCUCAAACUCAAACAAUAUAGUUCCUUUUCUUCCUACUAUGAUACCAUCCAUGGUUGGAUGGGAGAGAUCCAAAAGCAGAUGCUUAACCUGGGUGGUGAUGAGUCCAACAUCAGAUCAUCACAAAAUGUUGAAGAUGAUGUAGAUGUGGUGGGCUUGGACGAAGACGUGGGGAUUCUGAUUAGCAAAAAGAUUAUUGGUGGGGGAGAAGACUUGAAUAAUAUUCUUAUCAAAGGGAUGGCUGGUAUUGGAAAGACAACUCUUGCCAGAGAGAUAUUCAACCAUCCAACCGUCGUUGAUCGAUUCGAGCGCCGUGCUUGGGUGUCUAAUUCUACUUACUUCACUAUGAAAGAGCUACUUAUCAAACUAAUACAACAGCUAGAAGAUCCUCAGAAUCUCCAUGCAUAUUCCUUAUUGGAGAAUAUGGACAACCCAAGUCUCCGAGAUACGCUUUACAAACACCUGCAAGGAAAGCGAUAUCUUAUAGUUCUCGAUGACAUGCGCAAGCAAAUGCGCUUGAGGUCUUUCUUGAAUGCUCUUCCACGAGAAAACAAUGGAAGUAGAUUGGUGCUCACAAGUCAUACGAUGCAUUCCGACAUACUUGUAUAUGAUGAAAAUGUUCAUCGGAUGAAACCUUUGGAUUCUAACAAGAGCUGGCAAUUGUUUCUGAAAACAAUAAACCAUGGCAAUAAAUUGACGGGUGACAACAAAUUCCCAAUGGACUUACAGCAUAUGGGAAAACAAAUGUUGAGAAAAUGUGGCGGUCUGCCAUUAGCUAUAAAAGAGGUGGGAAAACAGUUAGCGGAAAAGAAAGUCUCAGGGCAGAGCAAAUGGGAACAACUUCUUGAAUCAGUUGAUUUUGGUUCAACAUUGAAGUUGUUGGAACCAUUUUAUCAUAAGUUGGAUCCCAAACUGAGGUCAUGUUUCUUGUCUAUGGCCUUCUUUAAGGAAGAUACAAGUUUGAGGGCAGAAAAGCUGAAACAGAUUUGGAAUGUAGUAGGAGCAGCAGAAGAACAUACAUGUGAAUCAUAUUUAGAUGGUUUAAUCAAUGAAUCUGUUAUUGAUGUCAAUGACAAGGGCACGAAGUAUAGCAUGAAUAUUGUGCUACACAUGCUAUCCAUCCAAAAAGCAGAGGAGGGAUUCAACUUUGAGAUCCUAAGGAACAAUGGAAAUAAUCGGCCCUCUGAGAGUCCACGUCAUCAUCGUGUUAUCAUUUGUAGCAGAGACAAGUUCAACUACUCCACUGAUCAAGAUAACCAUCUUGUUUCUCUCUUCUUCCAUGGAGGUGGCUACUUGGACACUAGUCCGUCUUAUUGGAAGAGCUUUGACCGACAACUUAGGAUACUGGACUUGGAAGAUUUUGGGUUGAAGUUUUUACCGGAAAGUAUCGGCACAUUGAUGGAAUUAAGAUACUUGGGGUUGAGAAAUAAUUACUUAAAAGAGCUUCCAGAGUCGUUGCGGUGCUUGAAAAAGCUUGAGGUUCUUGACAUAGCUCAAAACUUUAUGGUGGAGGUGCCAAAUAUUAUAUGGGAAUUGCGUAGCCUUUGCCACCUCUACUUGUCUGAUGUGAUCUGCCGUAAGCCUUUGAAGAUAAUUGGUGCGCUAUGGAAUCUGAAGACCUUAACCUACAUCUCGGUUGAUAAUUGGAGAUAUGAGCGCUUGGGCAAAAAUAUGAAAUUUAAGAAAUUGGGCAUAGUAGGAUUGGAUGGGAACUCAGAUGUAAGCAAGAUCCUUGUGUCAUUGCGUCAGUUGUCGUUUAUUAAUCACCUAAUCUUAAGAGGGUAUCGUUUCAGAAGCAUGCCUUGUUUGGAUGAGCUUGUUAUUCUAGAUAAUCUCCGGACACUCAAAUUGGAUGGACUCCUUAGCAGGCUUCCAAGAUUCCCUCCAUAUAUUGGAUCAUUGACGUUGGUUAAUAGCUGUCUUGAUAAAGACCCCAUGCCACUACUUAGGAAUCUACCCAGUCUACAUUACCUUAAAUUGCGGAAUGCAUACACUGGUCAAGAAAUGGAGAUCUUAAAACACGGCUUUCCCAAGCUUCGAGUCCUUUGCAUGGAAGAGUUGUGGAAUCUAAGAAAUGUACAAUGUGGACAGGGGCGGAUCCAGGAUUUGAGCCCCCCCUAG